ACCACCCGAACAAUUAUUCAGUUACAAUUCAAGUCUCGAUCAGUGCAGUAAUGUUUGCGUCGAAAGUGGUUUUACUCUUGGUUUUGGCCAUUAUUGAUGGUGAAAUACGCGGUGCACCAGUGGAGCACAGAUUGGAGGAUAUACUGAUAUUCGAUAGUGAUCCUGAUCAACCACCCGGUACGGAGGCGGCGCCAGAUCCUACCAAACGAGUGAAAGUUCCUUCAAUCUCUCAAGAUGAAGCUGAGACACUGCUGAAAGGACUCGGUUACAACGAAACCACAACCGAUGAGUUUGGAGUAUCGACAAGGUUCUCGUUCGGCAGAGAUGUCUCAUUCGAAGAUAUGGUACGGAACUUUCAGCGAUCUGCUGGAUUGGAUGAGACCGGAAAGCUGGACGAUGACACCAAACUAACUAUGGCAGCUCCGCACUGUGGUACACGAAGCCUGGACAAACGGGGAGAUGAUGCCAAAUGGGACAAACGGUUGAUAAGCUACAGAAUCAGGGACUACCCAUCCGGUGCAUCGUCUUCAUUCGUUCGGACUAUGAUGAAGCGAGCAUUCGACGAGUGGAGUAAAGUGACGAAUUUGGACUUUUUCGAAACCAGCGAUCGCGGAGCGGACAUCGAAGUUAAUUUUGGAGGAACCUCCCACAGCAGACGAAACAGACGUUGUUCGUUUGACAGUCCCACUAUUAUGGCCCAUGCUUACUUUCCGGAAGAUGGGGAUCUUCACUUCAACUCCCGUUACUUCUUCGAUAAUCCAGAACAUCGGGAGGACUUCCUAGAUACCGCAAUGCACGAAAUCGGACAUUCUCUCGGCUUGGAGCAUUCGAAUACCAAAGGGGCUCUGAUGCACCCCACCGACAACAAUCGCUACACGGAACCGCAGCCGGAAGAUGUGAGGCGGAUACAGAAACUGUACGGGAAAAGACGAGGUGGCCGAGCGAUCGAAAGUGGAUCAGCACCACGACUCUGCACUGUUACCAAAUACGAUGCAGUGGUCGCCGAUUCCACCGGAAGAUGGUCCAUUUUGGCUGGUAAAUACUACUACGAUCCGGAAGCCAGCAAUCCCACCGGGAAACUGAUCUCCAGCAAAUGGCCCGGUUUGACCGGGGACAUUGAUGCUGCGUUCCGGUAUCCGGACGGGCGGACGUACUUCUUCAAGGGAGAUCGAUUCUGGCGGUAUCGUGAGAACCGGCUGGACGCUGGCUAUCCACGGAAGAUUUCCGAAGGAUUCCCGGGACUGCCGAACAACAUCGAUGCUGCGUUCAUCGAUUCACGGAAACGAAUCUUUGCGGUGAAGGGAAAUAGCUAUUGGGUGUACGACUCAGAUGAGGAUACCACCCCGUCUUAUAGGUUAAGUUCUCUGGGUUUACCGAAUAAUAUGGAUGCGGCGGUGGGGACGGGUAAAACGUUUGUUGUGUUCAAGGGGAAAGCUUUUUAUAGGUUUAAGGAUGGUAAAUUUAGCGAGUAUGUAAAUAAAUGGAUGACUUGUUGAUAAGA